CUUUUUUUUCCUUUUCUUUUUUUUUUUUUUAAUAUAUUAAUAUAUAUAUACCGAAACUUAAUACAUUGUCACUAUGCCACAACAAAAAAGAAAAGCCUCAACAAUUGCUUCAGCCAAAAUUGCCGAGGACGCCGGUAGUGGUAGAAAACGUAAAUCCGAUGCUAAAGAAGAACAUCAUAAGGAAACAGAUAAGGGUAAAGGUGAUGUAGAAACUGAACAAAAUGUAUCCGAUGAUAAAAAAGUUAAUGAAGCUCCUGAAAAUAAGCGUCGUAAGAAACAACCUGUUGCUCAAGAUAUUCGUGAAGACAACGGUACUAAUGGAAAUGAGCCACCCAGUGAACAUGAUCAAAUGUUAAUUGAUGAGUAUGAUAAACAUAACGGUAAAAGCGAACAGGCCAUUGACAAAGAAGUUAAUAAAGUCCAGACCGAAUUGAGAAAGGAAUUAGAGAAGAAUAUGGCUCAGAAUACUGUUGAGAAGGGUCACAUUUGUUUCUUUUAUAGACCAAAGGUUGGUACCGAAGAGGUACAUAACUCUGAUGAUGUUCAAAGAAGUUAUAUAGUACUUAUACCAUAUAUGGUGAGACCGUCGGUAUCCGAAGAACCCGUGCUUAGCUGUUUUCAACAAGCCAAUGAUGAUAAAAAACCUGAAUCUGACAAGCCUAUUCCUGGUAAAAUUCGUAUAAUUACGAUUGGCAAGAAAAAACUUCCUGAAAUUAAGUUUCAUGUAAGAUCUUGGGCCUAUGUGGAUAAAGCUUUUACUGAUUUAGAUGAAAUAAAAGAAUUCGUGAGCGGGAGAAAAUACCAAACUAAAACUCGAGGCGAGAGAUCACUUGGUUCGUGCAGAUUAUUGGGAAAGGGUGUGUAUAACAUCGUUGAACACAAAGGACAUACACAUUUAGCGUAUGUUUUGGAAUUUCCCGAGGAACCAACUGAGGUUCAAGAUGAUUUUAACAUUAAACGUGAAGGAAGCUAUGUAAUUAGUGUAAAGAAUCCUGAAACUACAAGUCCACCAAAAACAGGACUUCCAGAAUACGAAAAAGUGACUUAUCCAGCUCAUCUUAAAGAAAAAUUUGCUGGUCGGCGAUUCCUUUCUUUAUCUACCACUGAAUUUAUGGAUUACGAUGGAGCCGAAUUAUUGCUUAUUGGUGCAAAAGACGAAAUUGCGGAAGAAUUGGGAGAAGCCGGUGAAGAACUUGAAGAAUUAUCAGAUUUUGAAACUAAAAAAAUCACACCUUUAACAGCUGAAGAUGUUAUCUUUAAAGAGUUAAAUUUAGAAAGAGUUGUCUUGCCCUCUGAACCACUUCACGGUUUAUGGAAAUAAAUUUGAACUUAGCUAUGUUACUAAUUUGCUGAUAUCACAUUUGAUCGCGUUAUUGAUUUUGAUGUUAAUAUACAGUUUAUAUUAAAAAGUAAAUAAAAUCAAUUCUUUGUAACUUUAAAAUUGUGAUAAAGUUGGUCUGUGCGAUGU